UGUUUUUUUUUAUUAUGUCACCUGUUAUAAUCUAAAAUAUUUUCAAGUUAGCAUUCAAAAUAAAGUACACAGCGUACAAAUACGGGUGUAGUAAGAGAUCCGACUUGGAUCAUCACUGAUAUUAUUGACCAGAAGAUCUAAAAGUGCGCAGGGAAUUAAUACGGUUUUGCGUGAAGCAUAAGAACAGCACCGCUGCUCAAUGUCGAAAGUAAAUAGUGUAGUGUAAGCUUAUUUCUACUUUUGAGUCCGUUCUGGAUUAGGUUUGGAUCAUACCAGGCAUAUUGCUUGUGCGGAGAGUACAAUUCAGAUGGGUCAAUGAAUGAAUCAUAAUCAUUGAUGGAUGACACGUUUGAUUCAAAGGAUAUUAAAGAUGCAGAUCCUCCGGUAAUCCCCAGACGGUAAAACUAUCACCUGCAGGGGGAAUUGUGCAUAAUGCUGAUAAAAAGCAUCAAAAACAUUCAAGUAUUUUCCGAGUGAAAGGCAUCACUUAUGAAAAAAAAAACAACAGGGAUCAUCGAGGUGGAUGAGGAAGAAGAGUAAGAAGCCAGAUGUCUCCCCUUAGCCUUUACACGGAGAGAUUUUUUCAGACUUCAUGCAGAUUUUCCGGCUUUUCGAGCAGUUGCAAACAUUUUUCAAAAGUAUCUGGCAUCUUUAGUUUUACCUUUUAAAUGAUGGUGCUAUAACACUCUGGAAAAAAACAAUCAAAAAAAUAAACUGAUGCAUUCCAGGACAUAUUCUUAAUAAUACAAGCAGUUCAACAUUGUGAUAUUAGUCAUAUAGAAUAAGUAUGUCAGUCGUACGAGGGUUUUUAAAAAAAUAUCCUCUGAUAAAGGGUAUGGCAACUUAUGCCAUUAUAUGGCCCACAGGGAGUUUAAUUCAGCAAACAAUCGAAGGAAAAGAUUGGCGUACGUUUAACUAUAAACAAAGUUUUAAUUUUGCACUCUUUGGAACAUUUUUUGUUGCACCUACAUUAUACGGAUGGGUGAAAAUCUCGAGUCAAAUGUGGCCAACGAUGAAUUUAAAAACAGGAAUUAUUAAAGCAAUUGUUGAACAGUUUAGUUACGGUCCGUUUGCUGGUACAAGUUUCUUCUUCGGUAUGAGUUUGUUGGAGCGAAAAACUAUUGGAGAAGCUGUACAGGAAGUGAAGACCAAAUUUCCUGAUACCUAUAAGGUUGGAAUUUGUGUCUGGCCGGUGAUUCAAACUAUUAAUUUUUCACUCAUACCCGAGCACAAUCGUGUACCAUUCGUUAGUAUAUGUAGUCUCUUGUGGACAACCUUUUUAGCUUACAUGAAACAACGAAAUAUCCCAAAUGAAUCCCAAGUGUUGGAUGGUGCCAAUAUUCUACAUUACUUAGAUGCCUAAAAAACUCAUAAUAUAACAAAAGAGAAGACCAAAGAACCAUGUUGACCCGUUAACAAAAAUAUAGAAAUGUUUUUUUGAACUAUCAUACAAAAUUUUACGACACUACGAUUGGCACAAAUGUUUUCGGUUUUUUAUAUACGGUGGCUUCAUUGUUGCUCCGUCUCUAUAUUGCUGGAUUCGAUUAGCUUCAAUUAUGUGGCCGGCGCAAAAUCUCAAAUCGGCUAUAGCAAAGG